ACAGAGUGCAGGGUUCAGGAGUGUGCUGUGUACAGAGUGCAGGGUUCAGGGGUGCGCUGUGUACAGAGUGCAGGGUUCAGGGGUGCGCUGUGUACAGAGUGCAGGGUUCAGGGGUGUGCUGUGUACAGAGUGCAGGGUUCAGGGUGUGCUGUGUACAGAGUGCAGGGUUCAGGGGUGUGCUGUGUACAGAGUGCAGGGUUCAGGGGUGUGCUGUGUACAGAGUGCAGGGUUCAGGGGUGUGCUGUGUACAGAGUGCAGGGUUCAGGGGUGCGCUGUGUACAGAGUGCAGGGUUCAGGAGUGUGCUGUGUACAGAGUGCAGGGUUCAGGAGUGUGCUGUGUACAGAGUGCAGGGUUCA